GCGAACAGUCCAGACUGGAGAACAUACAGAGAGGAAAAGUUUCUCAGUAGGGCAGAGAACUGCUCACGUGUUUUGAAUAGCACCGACAGCCAGAGCGCAGCCAAGGAAACCUACAAACACUCCGGACUCAAAUCCCCUCUGCUCAGGAGGGACACACACGCACACACACACACACACACACACACACUCACUCACACAGAGAUAAAAGCAGUAACCGACAAAAGAGCUCUGGUUUUAAGCUCAACACUCAGAAGUUAUUUAGGCUCAACAGAAGAAGGCGCAACAAGGCGGCGUGUCACCUCCAGCAUCACCAACUUUUUUGAUCUCACAAACUCUGCAUCACUGAUUAACUACAAAAACCACAUAAGAUGCAGAUCCCAUGGACUAUCCUUUUGUUAGGUUUUCUCCUCCAUGAUGUGGAUGGUGAAAAACCUACAACAAUAGCGUAUAAGACAGCUGUCAGCAGCAUGCCAACUAAAUCAACAACUGUAUCAUCUGUAUCUACAUUGCUUACAAGUUCAACACCAGUUAACAGUAUAUUACCAAUUUCAACAAAACUUCCACUUUCUGAAAGCAGUACUAUAGGACUGGCCAGUACUCAACUCACCCAAACCACAAAUAAAGUUACAUCUCCUAAUACUUCCCAAAAUGUGAGAAAUAAUUCAGCAAAUCCUGAAAAAGCCACCACCACCAAUAUCUCACCAUACUCUACAAAAAAAAGUGAGCCAACAGAAUUGACUUCAACUAAGGAAACUACAACUAAUCCAACUUCCAACAGCGCUACGGCUCAUUCUUCAAUUUCACCCACCACCCUUGCUCCACCCUUCCAUAGUCCUGCUAACAUUUCAAAAACACCUCCCACUGAUUCUAAUACAACUAGUUCUACUGCUAGUUCUCCCAAUAUAACUACCCCUACCACUCUUUCUCCUAAUAUAACUACACCUACUGCUGGUUCUCCCAAUAUAACUACCCCUACUGCUGGUUCUCCCAAUAUAACUACCCCUACUGCUGGUUCUCUCAAUAUAACUACCCCUACUGCUGGUUCUCCCAAUAUAACUACCCCUACUGCAGGUUCUCCCAAUAUAACUACCCCUGCUGCAGGUUCUCCCAAUAUAACUACCCCUGCUGCAGGUUCUCCCAAUAUAACUACCCCUGCUGCAGGUUCUCCCAAUAUAACUACCCCUACUGCAGGUUCUCCCAAUAUAACUACCCCUACUGCUGGUCAUUUAAAUACACCCACUGCUACUUUAACACCUGAAAUCUCUACACAAAAGAGUACAAUCGGAUUUAAUCUCCAAAGUACCCCAGCAGAAAAAAUAUCCAAAACAGAAAAAAACUUCAAUGUGACUGUAUCUGCAAACAAGAAUGGGAAAUACCUCGAGAGCAUGUGUGCAAGACUCAUGGAGGUGGUCAAUGCAACUAUUAACUGCACCAUGGUUGGAACAGAGACCGGUGGAAAUUAUAAGUUUAAAUCUUUACACAUAUUCAUGCUGACAGAAACGCAGAAAGAUAAAGAUUCUUCGAAAGACAAUACAAAAGAUAGGCGAAACAUGCUGAUCGCUGUUGGGGCUUCAUGCGGUGCGCUGAUGUUCAUCCUGUUCGCGUUCGGGAUCUAUUGCAACUGCCAUCGCUUAUCCUACAGGAAGAACCAGCAACAUCUGACUGAAGAGCUGCAGACGGUGGAGAACGGCUACCACGACAACCCCACGCUGGAGGUAAUGGAGGUGCAGCCGGAGAUGCAGGAGAAGAAGUUGUCGCUAAACGGAGAGUUUAACGACAGCUGGAUUGUUCCCUACGACAACCUCUGCAAGGACAUACCUGACGAGGAGGACACACAUCUGUAAAGUGUGCAAAGCCCAUCAGCUCCCCAAUCUCAUAUCUUACAAACUAGAACGUGUGAAGAUUCCAAAUGGCCAAAAAAGCAAAAGGACUACAGGGUCCCCUUUUUAUUGUCUAUUAAACCAGCAUUAUUGCUGUCGAAGGGCACAAGCCAUAAGGAGAAAUAUUUAACAAAUCUUGGAGGGAAACGUUGAGUUGAGAUGUUCAGAGAUUUGGAUUUGGUGUGAUUUUUCACACAAAAACAUUUCUCAUUUAGAACACUGGAGAAAUGUACAGUACUGCACCUGUAUAUAGUGUUUUGUUUGUUUUGUAGUGUGUGUAGAACAGUAUUUUGACCACUAGUAUUCAUUUUUACAAGACCAAAGGAUAAAUGUUGCUCAUCCUGGUUCUACACUGCACACACCUUAUUUACAGACUUGCUUCCAAGAUAUUUCCUCAUAAUUUUAUUCUGAUUACAUAAUUACCAAUUACCAGAAGUGCAAAAAAAAAAAAAAUACCCAGCAAACAUUUCAUUAUGAACCUAUUAAAUGUAUUUCAGUACCAAACUGCUGAAAUAUAAAGGUGUAAAUAAUAACGCAAGUCAUUGACCAAAGCGCUUCCUAAGAGCGGACGAUAGUUUUUGACCUGGAACACAUUAGAUUUAUUAUCUAAAUUGAAAUUGCAAUAUAAAAGUUGAUUCACUGAAAUCUUAAUGUUUAAAUUAAUUCUUCAAAACAUUGAUGUAGAAAUGCUCCAAAGCCUUUUUUCUUUCCCCUCACAUCCUUCUAUGUAAAUAUUUAUACAGUCUUUAAGUGUCUAUGAUUUAGGUCUUUAAUGUCCAUUAUAUUAUUUUGUAUGUAUUUUAUAUUCUGUUAGAACUUUGCCUUUCUCAGGAAGGCAAAAAAAAAACAAACAGGAGUCUGACACACUGGAAAAAAAAAACAAAAUCACUGCUGUUACAUUGCCUUUUUUUUUUUUUUUUUUUGCCAGUCCAUUAUUCUGACAAAAAAAUUAAAUGCUUAUAUAAAAUAAAAUGUUAUUUCAAAAAACAUCCAUUCAUUAAAAUGUGCUUAAUAUGCAAGGACAAAAAAAAGAGUCUGUUUUUAGAAAACCUGAACAAAAUACAAUCUUUAUUCGUUAUGUACAUUACAUACAAUGCGUUUGUUUUUUGUUGUUUUUUUCUCUACACAUUCAUGUCUGCCACAGUGUAGUGUUCACAUAUUCCGAUAUCCUCACUCGGAGAUAAGAGCGGAGGAAAAGUGAGAUGUUUUUUUUUUCAAGAGGAAAAAAUGA